AUGAAUAUUAUUUUACUCUAAUUGAGUUUUCUUUGGAAAAUGAUUUACGAGAACAUAUUCAGAUCUAUCCAUAAAUUGUUUUUGAGAUUAAUAACUGGAAGAUGCGAGAUUGAAAGAGCUCUUAAUAGCCAAAAUAUUAAAAAAUUUGAAAACUCCAUUUUAAAUUCUAACAAACUGAUGAAAUCCCAGAGCAUUCUUUCUAAAAAGAAUCUUAAUAGUGAAUAAAUUAAUACUAUUUGUGAAGAAAUAAUUUCCAUUAAAGGCUUGAAAAAUAAUGAAAAAAACUAAAUAAAUCUAUAGUAUGGUUUAACUUCACUUUAAAACCUUUAUAAUAGUAUUGAAAUUUUAGAAAAUAUAAGGAAAACUCCAGUUAGUAUAUCUUAACAUUCAAGUAAGCUCAUAAAACUAUUUAAAGAUUUAACAGGAGAAGCUAACUUGCCACAAAAUCUUAUCACCAAAAGAUGGAUUGAAAUAGGAUUUUAAGGAGAUAACCCUACAACUGACUUUAGAGCAGGAGGACUACUUGCACUAGAAAACUUACUAUAUUUCAGCACAGAUCACUCAUAUCAAGCUUAAUUUUGUCUUAAGAAUUCUAAAGAAAGAGACACUCAAUACUUUUUUGCUGUCUGUGGAAUUUAUAUAACGAAAUUCUUAACAGAAUGUAUGAAGAUGAAUUAUCUUGAUAUGUAUUUUUACAAUUGUGACGAUGAAAAGAGGUCAUUGCAACGCUUUAAUGAAUUAUAUACUAAAUUUUUCAAUCAUUUUGAUAAUUUAUGGUGCUAAGAAAAGAGGAGUAUCAUGCAAUUUCAUGGAUUUUUUGAAAAUACUACGGAAGACCUAUUAUUGUAAGAUUAAAAGCUCCUUAUCAAGAUACUUGGAUUGUAGAAUUGA